CCCCAGCACUUCCCACACCCCUUCUGCUGAGCCAGGACAUCUUGCUGCUUUGUUUUCAUUAAUAAAGUGUAAAUGUGACUCUCAGCAUGCAGUCUGUUAAGGACUCUAUCAGCUAAGUGGAGAUACUCAUAAUGCUUUAUUGUUAACAGUAAGUGAAGCCACAAGAAGCUCAGUAUUCCUGGAUGGUUGAAAUCUUGAAGAGCAGCAUCAGUAAAGCAGUGCAGCAGGAGCCAUGUCUCUGCCCUUCCGAAAAGAGUUGGAGAAAUAUAAGAACAUCAAUGAAGAUGAAAUACUCAGCAAACUCUCAGAGGAUGAACUGAAACAGCUAGAGCACGUUCUUGAUGACCUGGAUCCUGAGAAUGCCUUGCUUCCAGCAGGAUUUCGGCAAAAGGACCAGACGACUAAACCUGCCACAGGCCCUUUCGACAGAGAGCGCCUGCUCUCAUACUUGGAGAAGCAAGCGCUUGAGCACAAAGACAGGGAAGACUUUGUACCAUUUACAGGAGAAAAGAAAGGAAAAAUAUUUAUUCCUAAAGAAAAGCCUAUAGAAACCCAUACAGAAGAGAAAGUGACCCUGGAUCCGGAACUAGAAGAAGCCCUGGCCAGCGCUUCAGAUACCGAGCUCUACGACCUUGCAGCUGUUCUUGGAGUGCACAACAUGGUCAACAACCCAAAAUUUGAUGAAGGAGGAGCCCGCAGUAAAGAUGGAAAAGGAACUGUGAGAAAUGUGGUGAAAGGUGAAAAGGUCAAGCCUGUCUUUGAGGAGCCACCUAAUCCAACCAACGUUGAAGCAAGUUUACAAAGGAUAAAGGCAAAUGAUCCUAGUCUCAUAGAAAUUAAUCUCAACAACAUAAAGAAUAUUCCUAUUCCAACACUGAAAGAAUUUGCAAAAGCUUUGGAAAGCAACACACAUGUGAAGACAUUCAGCCUUGCAGCUACUCGAAGCAAUGACCCUGUAGCUAUUGCAUUUGCAGAUAUGUUGAAAGUGAACAAAACACUGAAGAGUCUGAAUGUAGAAUCCAACUUCAUCACUGGGACGGGUAUUUUGGCACUAAUUGAUGCACUGAAAGAGAAUGAAUCCCUGACAGAGAUUAAAAUUGACAACCAGAGGCAGCAGCUGGGGACAGCUGUAGAGAUGGAGAUUGCCAAGAUGCUGGAGGAGAACUCCAAGAUUCUCAAGUUCGGAUACCAGUUCACAAAGCAAGGUCCAAGAACCAGGGUAGCAGCAGCUAUCACUAAAAACAACGAUCUGGUUCGUAAAAAGCGGGUGGAAGGAGAGCGGCAGUAGCCACGCCAUAGAGGAUGCAAGGCAAGAUUGGAAGCUGCCAACAGCUGCAAUCUCAGAGUGUUCACUGGUCAAAAAGGAAGGCACUGGAAAACUAUUACAAUGGGAGUUGCUCAUUUCUGUUAAUGUCUCCUUUUAACCUUGAAAAUGCAGCCGGUUCAUUUUUAACUUUCACAGUUAAUUUUUAUGAGAAAGCUUCAUGGUUGGUUUAAUUUUAAUUUUAAAAAUGUUUCACAGUAUCUGAAGCCAAUGCACAGAAUCUUAACUGUGUUACUGAGAAUAACAUAGUGACACUAACCCUUAUUUGAGAUAGUUUUUGAUAUGUUAAAAUAUGAAAUUGUGUAUGGAUAAAGGGAUUCUCUGCUGAAAAUAGAAAUUUUAGGGCCAAGUCCUGCAAUGCCUUAUGUUUGUGAAUAACCCUUCCUUAUAUAUGUAUAGUCCUGCUGAUCUGAAUCUUCAAUGGGAUACUCCCAGGUGUAGAACUAGUGAUAGCAGUACAGGUUUGCAGGAUCACACCCCUGAGACUCUCUCCUGCAGCUGGAACUGCAUUGGAACAGCACCCUUCUACCUUCUCGGGUCUCCACCCAUCCAGGUCCAAGUGCAGGAUCAUGCCUAGAUAUAUAAACAUUGUCAAAGCCUACUUGUUUACAUAAGCUUAGGUUAGGUGGAUCAUUUUGUAACAUUACACUGAUAUUUGUUAUCCUUACUCCACAUUGUAAGGUAAUAUUAGUGCUGCCAACCCUAUAGACUUCAAAUGUUUGGUUUUUUUUUUUUCUAGGCCAAUGGGUUUUUAUUUGCUACUAGAAUUCACAGUUUACAGCUAUUAUUCUUAAUCUAAACAAGUAUUCUGAGCAAUAUUUGUUUUGCUUUGAGCCAUGUGUUUUGACUUUUUUUAGUUCUGGUAUUUAUGUAUGUUUGUUAGUAUUAUAGAAAUGUUCUCAGGACCUUUUAGAUGAAGAUUAAUUAAACAGCUGAUCUAGGAGAGCAGCUGUGCUACCAGGAAAAAACAUUAAGAGGGUAGUUGUACCAACUACAUGACUUACACUUACAGGCUCCAGUUCAGGUUUGUCCGUGUAUCACAAGGCACUUAGAUAUUUGUGUCAGUGCUUAGCUGAAUAAGGGCAGAUUUAAGUAUAUGCACAAAUGCUUUGCUAAAUCAGGGCCUUAACUUACAUGCUGUACAUAAUCUUAACCCAGUGGAAAACCUUGCGAAGCAGCAGUUAACCCCCACGCUCAACAGCAUCCAAGUUUUAGUAAGAAUUCAGUCUGAUGUUUCAUUUUGUGCAUUUUACAGUCUAAAACUAUUCUGUACCACUGUUUUAUCACUGCCAACAGUUGCCUCUGACAAUCGGCCAGAGGUUCAUUUUGGUUACACAUACACGUGCUAUAAGAGCUAAGGGAGGCUCGGGUUAGGUGUAUCACACAUACCAAUGCUUUCAAAAAAGCUGCAGAAACACAUGUGGGGCUAGCACUGCUACCUGGGAAACACUGGCCUCUCCUCCAAGAUGUCCUUCGGGACAACAGGGAUGAAGCACUGCUUCCUUCACCCGGGCAACAGGAUGAUGCUGGAGGUCAUGGUCACUACAGCAUACUCCUGACCCCAGGGGAGAGCUGCUGUGAGCCACUGUGCAGCUGGCCAUCCAGGGAUUAGAAACUGGGGGAGCCCCAGGUGCAGUCAGUACAUGUUUGACUGACUUCCCUGAGUGAUGUCUUCAUGACCAGUGCUGGGGUGCAAGCUAACAGGAUGAACCCUCCCUCAGUGCCUUUUAUAAUGGAAAUGAGCAGGUCCAAGGCAACACUUCCUGUUGGAUACUGGUCUUCAUACUAGGGUCCAAACUAAAUAACAUACACUUAAAUCCCACUUAAAAUAGUUUGCUAAACUGAUCUGCUGAGCUGGGAUGUAAAGUGCAGUAUCCACAGUUUACUUCCCUGGAAAGCUCCCACUCUUCACAAUUUCCACUUCUCCUUCCCUUCCUCAGAAUAAGGCUGAAACCUUUGCUUUGCAAGUAAAAAAAAUACAACACACGGGACUCCUGCUUAGAUUUGGCCAUGAUCUAUGCAGGAUUUGCUAUGAAAAACUAUGAAUCCCAUUUUAAAAACUUACAAGUUCUGUAACACAGUCAUAACUCUGCAUGGGCUUAAAUAAAUAGUCCUUUAAAAACAUGUGGAUUAACAGGGGAGUACUGGCCUUUGCAGGAUCAAGUCUUGUGGGUAGGAAGAAUCCUUAUCCCCAAAACCAAAAGAUUAUGGUUACUGACAAACUUCAGUGAUUAGAAUCACACUGCCCCUUUUUUCUUCUUUGCCUUUGAUCCAAGCAAGGGAAUCCCAACUAUCAAAUUUUUUUUAUGCAUUUUGAAGAUUUUUUUUAAAUGGUUACUUUUUCUUUUUUUAAAGGUUGGUACCUAUAUGUGUUUAAGGGAAACAAGUGCAAUCCAUUUCCAGUCGUAAUUGCCAUUUAAAGUGUUGCUAUUUGCAUGCAGCAGUUUUACAAGGAUGGAUUGGUCUGACUGCUUCAUGAUGUCUGCAGCAUGUCAUUCUGUAUAGCUUUGCCCAGAGCCACACAGUGGUUAUAUAGUCACGUGGCUCCAUCCAUGUCAGCUACAGUUUGCAUUAUGGACUAAGGUACCUGGCUGGAGAAGGCCCUGUGGGCUCUCCAUCCCUUCAUCUGCCAUGUUCUUUGCACAGGGAUGUUUCCUCUGAACAGAGGAUUCCUCAGGCACUUGAGAGUAUCAUCUCAGACACUAGCCACUCCAUGCACUAGCAGACAGUGCCUGGAGCUGUGCAUCCCAUGGCAGGGGACCUGGAAGGUCUGGCUCCUUCCAGCACGCAUGAGAACUCCUAAUCCCUGGCCUUUUGCUCCAGGCAGCUGCUGCCAGCCCCUGCCAGGAGGCUUAGUGACCAGGGACACCUGUCCUGCCUCUUCUGUGUGCUCCACACAAGGGCUUAGCUGUCACCUGGCCUUGAGCAGCACAAAUCAAACAUUGCAACAAUGUGAAGAUCUGUUCAAUACAACAGCAACACACACUGGUGAUGCUUGGAGGCAGAGUUUCAUAUUAAUAUAGGAUUAUGUAGCUGGUAAAAAUCUCUGCAACUAACAUGAAGGGGGUCAGGAUAUGACUAGUUAUUUUAAAUUCUACUUUCAAGCAACAUCUGGCAUACUCAAUGCUGAAUGGGGAACAGGGACAGAGGAGUCCUUUUUUAUUAAGCAAACAUUCAGAAGUAACUGUCUAUUUUUGCACAUUGCUUCUUGUGUUGACAGCUUCAGUUUGGUUUGUAUUUUUUAUACAGUUUUUUCAUGGAAAAGUUCAACUUUGUGUGUGUCAUAACAUAUGUGAAUUGUAGCGUGCACUAAGGAUCGUACGUGUACGUGUAUAACUCUAGAUGAAGAUGUUAUCUCUGGAACAAAAGUAAUUGCAUGCGCACAGUGUGGUGCAUAGUACUCGAGAGGAAGGGAAUUACCAUGCUAUGUAACAGUGACUCCCCAGCAUUGUGGUUUUUCUAAAUAAACCUUCAUAAAGGA